AAACAUAUUCGGUUUUCUCAGCUUGCUCACAAAUUUAACUCUUUAGUUUUUUGGGUUUUAUUAGAAUCGCACUCACUGGAAUAUAUAAACACAAUAAAUAUAAGCACGCGCCCCAAGCCCAGCCACAAAACUGUGUCAAUUAUUGGUCCGUUGAUGCAAAAAGAACUUCCAGCAGUGCAACGCAAACCCACGCCACAGCAGCAAAACAACACUUUUAGGCGCCCGCCGUUAUUUAUCAGAAGACAGCCCAACAGCAGUCAACGAACACGCAACGGCACCAAGGGCUGAUGCCAAGUCGAGCGAAAGCCUAACCCACACAUAUACACACACGCACACGUACGUGGACAGUGUGUCUCUGACUAUUGAAACCGAAUUUCGACUCGUAACCGACGCUUCCAAAACAACUGUACACACAAAAGACGCUCACAUAACGGCACUGUUCUCCACGAUGGAUGUAUCCGGCUACACAUCAUUUGAGUCAUCCACUGGCACGUUGGAGAAUAACAGCAGCUCCUACACAGGCGACACCACGCUCUACGACAGCGCGCUGGACAGCCUAUCCGCCACGGCUUACAAGUCCUGUAAUGAGAGUCUGACUAGCGAGAUUAGCCACAGCCCAAUGCCCACGAAUGGCAAUGCGGACAGCGCGGAACUUACUAGCGAAGCAGCUGCCUUCAAGGCGGUGGCUACUGCCGCACCUGCAGCACACAACGGUCACACCCCAGCAGCUCUAAAUGCCAGCAUGCUGCUCAUUCAAUCCGAGAGCACCGACACGAACACCUCGCAGGAGGAGGUGGACCCCAAGUCACAGCUGGCCAACAAGACAAUAUUCAAGACAGAUAAUCCCAAUUUGUCAAUUAUAGAGAUAAACGAUAAUUCGAUUAAGGCAGAGGACCUCGAAAAGGAAGUGCUGCUGAUUGAGGGCGACAACGUGAAGCCCAUACUGAAGAAGUCCCCCAGCAAAGCACCAGCACCAGUCGCAGUCGCAGUCGCGGAUCCAGCCUCAGCCACAGACAAGCGACGCCGCAAGACAGAGUCGCUGCUGCAAACGAGCAAGCAAAAGCUGGACAUCUCGAUAGCCGAGGCCUCGGCAGCAGCCGACAAUGGAGACAAUGGCAAUCGUGAGAUGGUUGUGGCGCUCAGCCACGAUCAGCCACUGACAAAGCGCGACAUCAAAAUCUACGACACUCUUGAGGAGUUUGAUCAGAAUCUUCCAUCGACGGUGACGCUGUUGAACACGCCAUUUGGCAGCAAGGUCUAUCUCGUGGGAACGGCCCAUUUCAGCGAAGAGUCACAGGAUGACGUCUCUUUUGUCAUACGCAAUGUCCGUCCAGAUGUGGUCAUGGUUGAGCUAUGUCCAUCACGCAUACACAUUCUGAAGCUGGAUGAAAAGACCCUACUGGAGGAGGCCAAAAAUAUCAAUAUACCAAAGAUACGCGGUAUUAUACAGACCCAUGGGUAUAUCAAUGGGGUCUUCUUCAUCCUGCUGCUCCAGAUGAGUGCACAAAUCGCAAAGGAUUUGGGAAUGGCGCCGGGCGGAGAAUUCCGUCGGGCCUUCGAGGAGAUACACAAGCUGCCGGGUUGCAUUCUGCAUCUGGGAGAUCGACCAAUUCGCAUCACACUGUACCGUGCGCUGCGUGCUCUGUCCCUGUGGCAGACCAUGAAGCUUGUGUGGCGCUUGACAUUCACGGACAGCAUAAGCAGCGAAGAGGUGGAGGAGUGCAAGCAGCGUGACUUGUUGGAGAAACUGAUGCAGGAGAUGGCCGGCGAGUUUCCUGCGUUCUCGGACGUUUUUGUGCGCGAACGUGAUCUGUUCUUGUGCCAUUCCUUGCAGGUGGCUGCACUGCCACAAGUGGCGCCAGGUGGCUCUGGCGUGCGACCCGUACGCGUUGUGGGUGUGGUGGGCAUCGGCCAUGCCAAUGGCAUUGCCAAGAUGUGGGGCAAAGUGGACCCCGAAAAGAUACCUUCCAUACUCGAAAUACCGCCGGCCAGCCUCGGGCAGCGUGUGUGCAAGUUCACCCUGAAGUACGGCCUGAUUGGCCUAGGAUGCUAUUGCGUUAUACGUUUUGCGCGUCCACGUCUUACGCGUUUCUUUUGAGUUGAUACGAGUUGUGUGGGCCACACACCCACACUCGCUAUGUUGUUAAAUUUUUUGUUUUUAUUGACUUGCAAAAGCCCAAAAUGCGCAGAAUAUAUAAGCAUAUGCCUCUCGCUGACAAAUUAAUUGUAUUGUACAAUGAAGAGAGAGAGAGAGAGAUCCUUUAUACACAGACAGACAGACAGACACAUCUGAAAAUACUUGUACACAUAAUCCUAGUUUAAGAUUGCCCCUCGUCCCGCCCAAGAAAGUAGUUUGUGUGACGACUCGAAUUGGUUUUACACCUUCUGUUGUUAUCCCUACGGAUUGACCUACACCACAUAUUAUACAUGGAAACUAAGUUUUGCAUAAUUAAGGCAUUAUUGUAUUUGUAUGUUGUAUGUACAAGGUUUCCUAGCAGGGCUGGAUCUGGUGCCCCUUGUGUUAAGCUCAAAGAAUACAAUUAAUCAAAUCAAAUCAAAUCAUCCAUCUGCAGCGAAUUACAGCUAAAUGUUGUAUGUAUCUUCUUCCACUUCAUACUCUUCUCAUAAAUGUUGUUCAUUCCGUAGUAACAAAAGCAAACCAUAGAUAGUACAGUUCAUAAUUAAUAGAAACGUGAUGGACCUUCCGAUGGCCGUGUGUUACAAAAAUGUUAUAAAAAGAGAUAGAUUGAGGAAUUUUACAAAAAAAAAAAAAAAAAACCAACCGAAGCAUACCAACCUAAAUGUACUUUACUAACUAUAACUAUACAUACAUAUACUAUAUAUAUAUAUAUCUGAGCGUUGUAAACGUGUGAAAAAAACUGUUUUAGAAAUACAAAAAAGAAGGCAAACAAACACAUCUAUUAUCUGCUUAGGUUAGCCAAUCAUAAAUGGUGUUAUGUAGCAUUUAGUAUAGAAUUUACCACCCCC